AUGAUAAAUGGAAGGCCACUUCAUGACCAAUUUCUGCUUUUUGUUUAUGUUUGCAGUUUGCCAGUUUCUGUUUUGCACUUAAAAACUGCAAUCAACACUAGUGUUGGUGAAUCUACAACACCAAUACCUCCCCAUGAAGGAACUUCUACUGCAACUCCGGAAGUUCAAGGAACUCAAAGAAGUCAAGCAACCGAGCUUGAAGAUGAUGGAAGUGUGGAAAGCAUCCUUGAGGCGUUGAAACGAAAAGAAAGAUUAGAUAUUUGGAAUCAUUUUGAGAGGGAUGUGGUGGAUGGUAGAAUUAAGGGUAAAUGUAAUUAUUGUGGAAAAGAUUACUAUGCCGAUCCUAGGAAGAAUGGUGCAACCUCCCUUAAUAAUCAUAUGGACAAGUGUCCAAAGUAUCCCCCUAAUAUUGAGAUGAUGAAAGCUAAAAGGCAAAAGAUUUUCUCUUUUAAAAAACCAAGUACUGAGUUGUGUACUGUAGAAUGCAUUCAACAAGAGCUAUCUAUGUUAUGUGUGGAGUACAUUAUACUAGAUGAGCUACCAUUUUCUCAUGUGGAGGGAGAGGGGUUUAGGCAUUUUAUGGGUAGAGCUCUUCAUUAUUGGAGAAUUCAUUCCCAUACGAUUUUAAAUUUUUGUGUGAUUCCAAGUCAUAAGGGAGAGGCUAUAGCUAAGCUAUUAGAGGAUUGUUUGUUGGAAUGGGGUAUAGAGAAGAUUCUCACAAUCACCGUUGACAAUGUUUCGUCAAAUGAUGUUGCAUUGAAGGAAUUCAGUAAGAGGAUAUGUAAUUGGGGUGUCCCUAAUGCACUUUUGCAUGGAGGGAAGCAUUUGCAAAUGAGGUGUGUCGCCCAUAUUCUUAACUUGAUUGUCAAUGAUGGGUUGAGUGUGAUGAAGAUAUUCAUUGCUACCAUUCGCAAUGCUGUGAGGUAUAUUAGAUCCUCCCCACAAAGGCUUGAUUUUUAUAAGGGAUGUGUUGAAAGGGUGAAACUAGAGUGCAAAGGGCUUGUGAUUUUGGAUGUCCCUAUCAGGUGGAAUUCCACAUUCUUGAUGUUGGAACGAGCUUUAACCUUCCAAAAAGCUUUUGAUAGAAUGGUGGAAGAAGAUGCGGGUAAUUUUUGUGCAUGGCUUGAAGGUGCAAAGGGUGAAAAACCAAAAGAAGAGCAACCGGCAAGUGUUGAUUGGCAAUAUGGGGAGCAAUUUGUGGAUUUCUUGAGACCAUUUUAUGAAAUCACUUUGAAGGUAUGUUGUUCUAAUUCUCCUACCGUUCAUAGUACUUUUGGUGAUAUACUCUCUAUUUAUGGUCUCUUGCAAGAACAAAAGAAUCGAUGUUUGUCUGAGAUUGCAUCACCCAUCUAA